AUGAGCCGAGCCGCUUCGCUCAGAGCUGAGCUCACUAGUCUUGCAAACGCUUUCGAAGAGGAGAGAAUAUCAAGUGCCGAGAGGCUGGACGCAGACUUGGUCCGUCAAGCUGUGGAACAGGCCAAACCAGAGAACCUGGAGCAAUGGAAGCAAGUGGUGCACGACGCCACCGCGAAGCUACAACAGUUCUGGGAAGACAGUGAACAGGCGCUAAUUCGUGAAACUUAUGCUUUGGCUACAAGUUACUUACGCGAAUCUGAUGACGAGGUCCACCGUCUUCAGAUGACAAAAAAGGCGCUAGAGGAGCAACUGGAGACGGAGCGCAGGCGCAGCACACGCAUUGAAGAGCAACUCGCUGCGCUGCAGUCGCGUUUGCUGGACUCAGCAGCGCCAGCGGCUACGACCCCUGCUGACGACGCACGCACCCAGCAGGAAGUGUUACGCUCUGAGUUGCAAGGCUUCAUGCAGGAACUGGUGCGCAACCAGCGAGAAUCACUCCGAGUUCUGCAGGAGGAGCUCCAACGAGUCCGAGAAGAGGCAUCUGUCCGCGAAGAGAACCUGUUGCGGCAGAUUGCUCACCUAAAAACCGAAUUGGCUGUAGCCAGAACCGAUAAUGAGGUAUCUAGUCGUCAGCUCCGCCAGCUGGAAACUAGUGCGGGGCGAGAAGAAGUACAAGAUGAGCUUGGACCGGGCACGAUUUGGCCACCUCAUCUGACGCCCCGCCGAGGGCACCGACGGUUUCAGCGCCACAACCGCCUCGAGGAUGCACCCGCACCCCCGGAGUUUUAG